UUAAGUCAAUUUGUAAUAUAAAUACGCAAAAAUAAUUUUUAAUAUUAUAUUAAAUUUAAUAAUUUAAUAAUGAUAUUAAAUUUAAAAUAACAAAAAUUUUAUGGAUUUAAAAAAAUUUGUAAAAAAAUAAAUACAAAUCUUCAUAGACGAUUUUAAAGGAAAAAAUUAAAAACCAAAAUACCAUGAAAAAUAAUUUUUUAUUAUACGAAGUGAAAAUUGAUAGAAAUUGCAACAUUCAAAUACCAAAAUUAUUUUGAAGUAUUACGAGGAGUAAAUCGGUAAAAGUUGCAAGAAUUAUGGAAAUAUAUUUAGAAAAUUUCAUUAAUUCAUUUAUAAUUUUCCAAAAAUUUAAAUUCAAAUCAUUUGAAAAAGUCAAAAACUAUUUAUAAAAAUAUUAAAAAUUUUAAUAGUAAACUUUAUACACCACUUUAUUUUCAUAUUGUUAUUUAUCGCUUACAUUACGCGUUCCAAUAAUACUUAAAAAAUUUCUAUUUGAAAAGAAAAAUCAAACUAAAAAAAAUUCUAUUAAAAAACAUCGAAUUCAUUUUCUAAAACUGAACUAAAAUUAAAGUAAAAAUUAAAAAAAAAAACAAAUACACAUAUUUUAAUAAUCAAAUGUCAUUAUUAAAAAUGACAGAAAAGUGUCAUAAUUGUAACGGUAGAAUAAAUUUUAGGUCAAUAGAUAAAAGUAAAAAAAUCAAAACAACAACAGCAACAAUAAAAAUGUCAUCAGAAUUUAAAAUAAAACAUAAAAAUUCAAAAUAUUUACCAUCACUGUCAGUAAUAACAGCAGCAUUACCAUCACCAUUUAUAGAAAUGGAAAGAAAUUAUACUGAAAAAUUAAUGACAACAGCGACAGCUACAACAACAACAGUGACAGUAUUACCAACAAUAAGAACAAGAAGAGAUCCACAUGAAAUAAUAAAAUCAAAAAUAAUAUCAAAUAGAAGAACGUCCAUUAAAUAUUUACAUUUGAUAUCAUUAAUAACAUUAUUUUUAGUUUUAAAUAUAAAUUUGAUCUCAUCAGUUGAUGGAAGAAGGCUAUCAUCAGCAUCAUUGUCAUCAUUACAAUCAUAUUCUACGACACAAUCUACGCUAUCAACGUCAUCGGCAUCAACAUCAUCAUCAGUAUCAGCAACAUCAUUGAAUGCAGAGGAAAUUAAAAAAAUUAUUUUACAACAAAAUGUUUUACUUCAUGAAAGAGUUCCAACGCAUACAGAAGUUCAUAUUAAAUGUUCAUUCAAAAAUCCUAUAUGGUAUAAGAAUGGUGCUAGAAUGGAUACAAGAAGAAGAGAUGUACAAACAUUUGAUAAAAUAAAUGAAAUAAUAAUUAAAAAUUUUGGAAUUAAUGAUGCAGCUGUAUAUUCAUGUCGUCCAGAUGCAGUAUUUAAUCAAUGGUCAAAUUUAUCAUUAAAUAUUUUAACAACAAUGGUAACACCAAAUUCAAAAAUCGAUACAAAAUUAUAUACAAUCGAUUCAAAUAUACAAAAUGAUCAACAACAAUCACAAUUAGAUAAUGAUGAUGAUGAAUUAUAUCAAAAUCCUAAUAAUAAUGAUUUAAAUGAUACGGAAACUGAUCAAAAUAUUAAUGAUGAUUAUAAUAAUAAUAAUAGUGAUGAAGAAUCAAAAGAGAAAGUAACACUUGCACUACCUGUUUUCAAAAUUAAUGAUGAUAUUUAUGAAAGAUUAAUAAUAAAACCAUCUGGUAGUACUGUAAUUAUAAAAUGUCAAAUAACUGAUACAAAAGAUGCAAAUAUAACAUGGACAAAAGAUGGUGGACAAAUUGAUCGUAAAAUGGGACGUGCAAAUUAUAAAAAAUGGAGUGUAUCUAUGGAAGAUGGUAUACCAGAAGAUUCUGGAAAUUAUAAAUGUACUGUAUGUAAUUUAGCAGGAUGUAUUGAACGUACAACAAAAGUUCAAAUUCAAGACCGAGUACGUUCUGGACCAAUGAUAGCACCGAACUCCCCAGUAAAUGUAACUGCAUUAGAAAAUUCAACUGUUACAUUCAAUUGUCCAAUAAUGUUUCCUGAUUUAGCUGUUCAUAUCGAUUGGUUACAUCAUAUACCAAAUAAUGAAUCAUCUGAUUCUAUAAGUAAUUUACAAGAAAUGGCACAACGUUUUGUUAAAGAAAUAUCACAAUUUCGCCAUGGAAAUACAAAAAAAAAUUUCUCUCAAAUUCGUUUAUUGAAGGUUGAUCCAGAUAAACCAGAAACUUUAAUAAUUACAAAUGUUACACAUGAAGAUGAAGGUUGGUAUACUUGUUCAGCGGCAAAUAGUUUAGGACAUACAUUAGCCAGUGCUUAUUUAAGAGUUAUUGAUGAAGAAGAAAUUGAAUUAGAUCAACCACAUCCAUUAAAAAGAUAUUCAUUAUAUGUAACAUUAAUUAAAAUUGGUAUCGGUUUAUGUUUUCUAUUUGGAAUAAUAUUUAUAUUAACAAUUAUAAGAAAAAUGAAACAUGAUAAAAUUAUAAAACAUCGUGUUAAUGCUGUACAACAAUGGACAAAAAAAGUUAUCAUUUAUAAACCGAAUUCUGAUUUGGGUAGUGCAGAAACAAUUGUUAUGCCAGUUAUUAAAAUUGAAAAACAACAUGUUACACAAUUACAAAGUGGGCCAGAUUUUAAACCAUGUAAUGAAUAUGAAUUUCCAUUAGAUGCACAUUGGGAAAUACCAAGAAAUCAAUUGGUAUUAGACAAAUUAUUGGGUGAAGGUGAAUUUGGUCGUGUUAGACGUGGUAAAUUAAGUGGUUUAUCGAAAUCAUCAAAUGAUUUAAUUGUUGCUGUUAAAAUGGUUAAAGAAAGUCAUGGUGAUGCUGAUAUUGCAAGUUUAGUACGUGAAAUGGAAGUUAUGAAAAUGAUUGGUAAUCAUAUUAAUAUUAUUAAUUUAAUUGGUUGCUGUAGUCAAGAUGGACCAUUAUAUGUUAUUGUUGAAUAUGCACCAUAUGGAAGUUUAAAAGAUUUUCUAAAAUCAAAUCGUCCAAAAUCACAAAUUCAAACACAAACAUUUAACAAUAAUGAAACAACUGAUUUAAUGUUAAAAGAAAAGGAUGAAGAUCGAGUACAUUUUACACAAAAAGAUUUAAUAUCAUUUGCAUUUCAAAUAGCUCGUGGUAUGGAAUAUUUAGCAUCAAGAAAAUGCAUACAUAGAGAUGUAGCUGCAAGAAAUGUACUUGUUAGUGAUGAUUACGUUAUGAAAAUUUGUGAUUUUGGAUUAGCAAGAGAUAUUCAUGACACAGACUAUUACAGGAAAAAUACAAAUAGUAAACUACCAAUAAAAUGGAUGGCUCCUGAAUCAUUACAAGAGAAAUUUUAUGACACACAAAGCGAUGUAUGGUCAUAUGGUGUCUUAUUGUGGGAAAUAUUCACAUAUGCUGAGCAACCAAUGGCUCACGUUGCACCGGAACGUGUUUAUUCCUAUUUAAAAUUAGGUCAUCGUAUGGAACGGCCACCAAAUUGUUCAUUAAAUAUUUAUAUGUUAAUGAGGCAAUGUUGGAAUUUUGAUGCACACGCACGUCCAUCAUUUAGUGAAAUUGUAGAGAAUUUAGAUCAAAUUCUAACAGUAACAGCUAAUGCAAAUGAAGAAUAUUUAGAUUUAGGUGUACCAUUAUUAGAAACACCACCAUCUAGCGAUGAUGAACAUGAAUCAGAAAAUUCAGAUACAUUACGAGAAAAUUUAAUGCGAUAUAAAAAUUAUUAAUUGUAAAAUGUUGAUUUUUUUUUUGUAUUAUUAAUAAAAUAUAUCAUUAUUUAAAUGAAUAGAGACUAGAGAUAGUAUUAUAUAACAGAUAAGAAUUUUAAAAUUUCUAAUUAAAUAUGAAAAUAUUUCAUAUAAAGUAUACUAAUGUUUCUAUAAUAUUAUUUUAUUCGUUAAUAAUAAAAGAAAAUGUUAAUUUUAAAAAAAGAAAAUUAUUUUUAAAUAGAAAUAAAUUAUUUUAUUAUUAUUUAUAAUUUUUAUAAAUAGUUAUUGUAAAUAUCUUGUUUUUUUUCGUUUAAUAACGAAAUAAAUAAAAUCUUGUAAAUUAAAUUAAACAAAAUAAAUUAAAAUUCAUUUAAAUAAUUUAAAUACAAAAUUCGUCGCAUUUAUACAUAAAAAAUAAUUUAAAAUAAACAACGAGAAUAACACUUUUAUUUGUUUUAUAUUAAAAUUUGCAAAAACGAAAUUACAAAUGAAAUUUUAUAAAAAGUUUUUUUUUUUAUGAGCGCAAAACUCAUAGCACUCAUAUAGGUUUGUAAUAAUAGUAAUAGAAUUAAAUAAAUUGAUAAAUUAAAAAUCUUUAAAAUAUAUUGUAUACAAAAGGCAUUUUAAAAGCUGCAAUCAACUCUUCAUCCAAUUCUUCACUAAACAUAGAACUCAACUUUAUUGCAGAAAACCUUACAGUACUCCUUAAUUUGUGAAUCCACCUGUUAAUUUUGAUAUCAAAAAUCUAUUCAAUAUUUUAAUUAAUUUAAAAUUUAUAAUAUUUAUACACAAAACAUUUUAUAUAAAUUUUGAAAUUAAAAAUGAAAUAUGUUAAAAUUUUGCUCAAAGAUUAUUUUCAGAAUAUUAGAAACGAGAAACUGAAUUAUAACAUGUGUGUCAUAAUUUAAUUUUAAUUAAGAUAAAUUAAAAAAAAAAUAAUUAAAAAUUUAAUUUACAAUAUUAAAUUUUGUUUUUUUUUUUGUUCGUUAAACGAAAUCCUAACAAAACGAAUUA